CACAACUCUUGUCCUCUGUGAGAAAUGCAUGGAUAAAGUCUUCAGUUGUGGGACACUGUAAAAGAAGACUAACAAUGAAAUCUUGGAAAGCCUUUGUGCUACUCAUCCAAGCAUUACAUUGUUUGGCUCUAGAUGAUUCACCAUUUCAACUGACUAACAAGGACACUGGUUUUUGUUUGGUUAAAACAAAUAACCAAUGCAAUGACAUACGCUGGACAACUGGUGACCGACUUCUGGUUCUACAAAGGAAGAAAUGCCUGGGAGUCCAGGGGAAAAGUGUGGGGAGUGAAGUAAGCCUCUAUGAUUGUGACGAAAAGAGCGACCUCCAAAAGUGGGAAUGCAAGAAUGGAACAGUGCUCGACCUUAAAGACCAGCAGCUCUACAUUGAGCUCACUGCAGAUAACACAGCAGUUCUCUCCAAAACAGUAGGACCCAAUAACCACCUCACAAUUACAGGGACGCCCAACGGUGCUUGUACAAGAACAUAUAGAGAACUUUUUGCCAUUGGUGGAAAUGCAGCUGGACUGCCGUGCAUGUUUCCCUUCCACUACAAAGACCAGUGGUUCUCAGACUGCACCACACUUGACUCUCCAGGAAAGACUCUUUGGUGUGCUGUUGAAACCAAAUAUCAAAGUGAACGCUGGGGCUACUGCCCAGUUACCUCUAAAGAUGGCUGGACAAAACACCCAACAACAGGAGCGUAUUACCAGCUCAACACAGGAGCAGCUCUGACUCAGGACCAGGCUGAAGCCAGCUGCAAACAGCAGGGUGCCUCCCUGCUCAGUAUCACCGAUCCUCACGAGCAGGCUUACAUCACAGCACUGCUAGGUUCAGGCGGCAAUAAACUUUGGACUGGGCUGAUCCUGUAUCCAGAACAUGGCUGGAAAUGGACUAAUGGGAAGCCUUACCGCUAUCUGAAAUGGGACUCAGGACAUCCACUUCCUAAUCCAGGACACAACUGUGCAAUUCUUGAUCCUGCUGUACAGUACUCCUGGCAAAGUUCACUUUGCAGCAAGAAACUCGGGUACAUCUGUUACAGUGAAGCCACCGAGGUAGUGCCUACACAAGCUGUUGAGACUGGAUUUUGUUCAAGCCCUUGGAUUCCCUACAGUGGCCACUGCUUCUACCUUAAUCGUACUCAGAAUACAUGGGCUGAUGCUCAGAGAUUGUGUCGUAAUGACGGAGGGGACCUAGUCAGCAUGCGCAAUGUGGAGCACCAAAGCUUUGUCAUCUCUCAACUUGGAUACACAUCCACUGAUGAGCUUUGGAUUGGACUGAAUGACAGAAAGACAGAGGGACUGUUUGAGUGGAUUGAUCAUUCGACUGUCAGCUUCACUAGCUGGGAAUUUGGGAAACCUGCUGGGUCCACUGAUCUACAGGAUUGUGUUCUCAUCAGGGGAGAGAAUGGAAACUGGGCUGACCAUGUGUGUGAGGAGAAACAUGGCUAUAUAUGUAUGAAGAUGAGUGCCUCAAUACCCACUGGUAAUCAAGUGCAGCAGAAUGUGGGCUGCAAAAAUGGGUGGAGAAGACAUGGCUCGUAUUGCUACUUAAUAGCGACACAGACCAAAACCUUUGACGAAGCCAAAGAUGACUGCAAGAGCUCAUCUUCUUACCUUGCUGAUGUUUCAAAUGCGGUGGAUAAUGCCUUCCUCAUCAGCUUGGUGGGGAUGAGACCAGAGAAAUACUUCUGGCUAGGCCUCUCAAACCAGAAAAACAUUGAUCGAUUUGUGUGGACCAACACAGAGUCAGUGAGGUUCACUCACUGGAAUGCUGGAAUGCCAGGUCACCAACAGGGCUGUGUUGCCAUGACAACGGGGAUUUUUGCUGGCCUCUGGGAUGUGCUGCCCUGCACCAGAAAGGAGAAAUACAUCUGCAAACACCGGGCAGAGGGGGCAGUUUUAACCCCUGCACCACCCACUCUUUCCCCUAGCAGAUGUACAUUCAGCUGGGCUCGAGUAGGAACGAGAAACUACUGCUUUAAGGUGUUUUCUACAUCCUCACAUUCAUCGUCAGACGGGAAGACCUGGUUCGAGGCCAGAGAUUACUGCAGGGCCAGAGGAGGAGACCUGCUCAGUAUCCACAGUCAGGAAGAUCUACGAGAGCUACCAGAACGCUAUGAAUCAGUCUGGAUUGGACUUAGUGCCCCUGACCCAGCCACCGGAUAUGUAUGGAGUGAUGGAUCCCCAGUGCAGUUCCAACACUGGGAGGAUGAAGAACCAAACAAUAAAAACAACGUGGAAUCUUGUGCUGUUUUCAAAAUGUAUAGGAGGGAUGAUCGUGGGUCCUGGAACGAUCUGCACUGUGAGACGUACAAAGGAUGGGUGUGCCAGAUCCGUUUAGGAAUCAAUCCAAAACCGCCUCCAAGCCCUCCCCCUCCUGAUUACAAUAGGACCUCUGAUGGGUGGCUAGAAUGGGGGGGGUCUCAGUAUUAUCUCAACACUAUGAGCAUGGCCAUGGAAGAAGCUCGACGCUUCUGCCAAGAGAGGCAUAGUGACUUGGUAACUAUCAACAGUGAAGCUGAAAGUGUCUUCUUAUGGAAACGGAUGUCCAAAAAUUAUGGAGAUAGGCCUUACUGGAUAGGCCUGAACGUAGAUCUUGAUAAAACAUAUGGGUGGAUGGAUGGGUCUCCAGUGGUGUUUCAAAGGUGGGAUGAAAAUCAACCCAAAUUCCUACGCAAUGAUGAGAAUUGUGCUGUCAUGACUACAUAUACAGGGUUCUGGCAUGUUUAUAAUUGUGGGCAAGAGCACAGGUCCGUUUGUAAACGCAGUGAAUCACCACCUGCCAACGCCACUGUACCACCAACAGUUAUUCCAAAAGGUGGCUGUCCACAAAACUGGGAGAAAUUUAACUCAAAGUGUUACAACAUCAUUACCAACCAGAAGGAGACGUGGUUUGGAGCGAGGGCACAGUGCAAAUCAAUGGGAGGAAAUCUCGCCUCAAUUCUCUCCAGAAAGGUGCAAGUGUUUUUGACUUCUAAAUUGGCCAAGCCACCUACCACAGCCCUGUGGAUUGGUUUGCAUAGUGCACGUGGCACUCCAUUUCUCUGGACUGAUGGGCGACCAAUGCGAUACAGCUACUGGGGUACUGAGAGGACACAAAUGAUUCACAGUUAUCACAGCAUAUAUUAUGACAGUGAGAUGGAUUAUGACCAUUUUCAUCGGCCAUCACGUACUGAGAAAAAUUGUGCUGUGAUGACUACUGACACCACCAGUGGAAUUGGAAAGUGGAUAAAAAAGAACUGCAAUGACACCAAUGGAUACAUCUGUCUUCGAAAUGUUGACCCAUCUCUCCCAGACUCCCCUGAACCAACAACUCCUACAGGCUAUGUCAAAAUAUUUAAUGACUCUAUCAAGGUUGUAACUCAACAAAUGAGCUGGAAUGCAGCCAAAAAGCACUGUGAAGAUGAUGGUGCCAAACUGGCUAGCCUGCGAAACACAUGGACACAGUUGUAUGCUGAGCUGAUAGCUUUGAAUCUCGAAGCUCCUCUGUGGAUUGGACUGAACAAAAAGGAGACUGGCGGAUAUUUCAGAUAUAUUGAUGGCUGGCGUAUGACCUCAACCUACUGGAGUGGAUGGGAACCACGCAGUAACCGAGACUGUGUGUUUGCGAACACACAAGGACAGUGGGAAACUGCUGACUGCAAUCGGAACAUCAGCAGCAUUUGCAUGAAGUCUACAGAUGUGCCACCAACAGAGCCAAGUGAUUUCCCAGGAUUUUGCCCUGAAGACCCAGAACAACCCAGAUACUUACGGCGGACUAACAGCUGGCUACCAUUUAAGGCUAAUUGUUACCUCAUUUUUACAGACAGGAUUGAGUGGCAAGAAGCAACCACUAACUGUGCAAGACAUGGUGGAACUCUUGCAAGCAUUGAAGAUCCUUCUGAGCAAGCAUUCAUUCUAAGCAGUAUACAAAUGUUUCGAGACAGCCAAUCAUCUUUCUGGAUCGGCUUAUAUAAAACUCACAGAGGCACUUGGCAGUGGUUGGAUAAAACCCCCCUGGACUAUACUAACUGGGGUGAAAGUCCAAAUGGGAGAAACACUUUUGGAUCCAUAAGAGCUACAGAUGGGAUGUGGACAACUGGCCAAAAGUGGUAUGACAGAGGAUAUAUUUGCAAAGCACCCAAAGAACUAUUAAAAGGGACACGGACAACGGUAACUCCUACGAUGGAACCUCAAACCCGUGGCCACAUCACUUUGGUAGUUUUGCUGGUCAUCACUGCAAUCGUCAUAGGGACAGUCAUCGCCUUAUUUCUCUUCAAGAAAUCUGGUCGCCGCUUACCUAUCCCUGAAAAGUUCUCAACCUUUGACAAUCCACUCUUUUUCAACAAUGAGCGGUUCCAGCCUGGUCUGGUCGACACCAAGAAACUGGUAGCAAAUGCAGAAGAGGAGAACCCUGCACCUGUUCUAACUGUGUAAUGUAAAUACCAGCAGAAUCUACUGGGGCAUACAAUGUACAAUGUAAUUUUGAUGGCACUCUGACAAGAAUUUCAUUUUGUUUUGAAAUGAGAGAUGUUUCAAUGUAGCUGGCAAUAACUGGCUUUAAUGAACAAAAUAAUUUAAGAUGUAGGAUGUCUUAUUUGAUAUAUAAAUCUCCAUUUGUAAUCAUUUGAAAUAAUGUUUAAUUGUAUAUUUUAUGACACCAGAAUUUACUGACUGAUUAAAGUCAUUGAUUUAUAACAUAUUUUACUUUAAAGUACUAUGCUUGCUAGGAUUGUGAAAUUUGUACUAGACUUUGAACUUGGCAAAAUGAAUAACAUUCCUGUUGGACUAUAAGAAAGACAGUUAAGACAGACAGUAUACCAUUGCUGCAUUUCAUCAUCCUUGAAGAUAUUACAGAUGACAUUUUAUCUGUCUAGAAAUCCAGUUGAGUCCUAAGACAUGUAUUGCAAAUGAGAAUUCAAACUAUUGUAUUAAAAAAACAUUGAAAAUAACAACCUUUGUGUAUCUA